AUGGGGGUGAAACGCGAGCAGUCGAAUUCUAAUACCAACGGCCAUGUGGAUUCGAAUUCCAACGGCCAUAUGCCCGUCUUACGCGUUGGCAUAAUCGGCUGUGGAGAAAUAUCGCAGGUUGCGCAUAUACCAACCAUCAAUUUUCUCUCACAUCGGUUCCAAACAACCUACCUCUGUGAUAUCUCUGAGCAAUCGCUACAGCAUUGUGCCGGGAGAGUCCUCGGUGGGCCACCCAAAGUGACAUGCAGCGUAGAAGAGCUUUGCACCUCGCCGGAUGUCGACGUGGUUAUCAUUGCCAAUGCAGAUGCAUACCACGUUGAACAUGGUAUUCUGGCUCUUAAGAACGACAAAUACUGUAUGAUCGAAAAGCCAGCUUCAAUCUGCUUUCGUGAUAUUGAUAGACUCAUCGAGGCAGAGAAGGUCUCUAAGGGGAGAGUCUUGAUUGGAACCAUGCGGCGCUACGCGCAUGCCUUCCUCGACGCCGUCCAAGAAGUGGGCGGCAUGGAAAAGAUAAUAUACGGACGCGUGCGAGACAUUAUCGGACCUAAUUCGGACUUCGUGGAACAAUCAUGCACCUACCCGCGACGAUUCAGCGACUUCACUGAAGCCGAUGUCCAAGAUAGAGCUGGAAGAGAGAGCGACAUCUUCGAACAAGCACUUACUAAUGAAUUUGAGGUACCAUGGACGCCCGAAUCACAGACUAUGUUGCAACUUCUAGGAGGGCUCGGAACACACGAUUUGUCAGCUAUGCGAGAGAUCUUUGGCAUGCCAGAGAGGGUAGAAGGAGCCUUUCUCCAAUUUCCAGGCAUCUGGAGCGUUAUAUUCCGCUACAAGGGUUUCCCUGUCACCUACGAGUCCGGAAUCACAAAUGUACCGCAAUUCGACGCACACAUCGAGGUCUAUUCUCCCGACAAGAUUGUGAGAGUGGAUUUCGAUACUCCUUACGUGAAGGGUCUUCCCGUUACGAUGACAAUUCGUGAGAGGAUUGGAACAGCUAGUUUCCAAGAACGAAAGAUUCGUAAGACUUACGAAGAUCCCUAUACUUUGGAGUUAUUGGAAUUCUAUGAUUGUGUUAUCAAUGACAGGGUGCCAAAAACUAGUGUGUGUGAUGCCAGGAACGAUGUGGAACUUAUUAAGAUGGUAUUGAGGUCUGGCUUCGGUGCCUGA